GGGGGGGUGUCUUGCUGCUGCAUCUGGGCAGGACCGAGGGGCGGAGAGCCCACAUUUGCGUAAUAUGAUGAAAUCCCCUCGCCGGCGGGUAUAGGGAGAGGGCGGCUCAUUGCAAUAUUCAGCAGCGGUAGCAACGGAGGCACCGUCUUUCGUCUGCUCGCUCCUCUCCGCCUCCUCUCCUCCGCCUCCUCCCCCAGCCGCUCCAUGGCAGAGCUGCCCUGACUCCCCCGCUGCACCGCGCCGCCUGCCCGCCAACAGCCCCGCCCGCCCAACCCGCUCCGGCCCGGAAUGAUCUGAACCUUCCGACAGACACGCACCCGAGUCCAGCGCAAUCGCCGAUCGCAGAGCUCAGUGCCGGGAUGGAUGUGUUUAUGAAGGGCUUGUCCAAGGCAAAGGAAGGGGUUGUUGCUGCAGCAGAGAAGACCAAGGAAGGGGUAGCAGUGGCAGCUGAGAAGACCAAGGAAGGCGUCCUGUAUGUUGGAAGUAAAACUCGGGAAGGUGUGGUGCAAGGUGUAGCCUCAGUUGCUGAGAAGACAAAGGAGCAGGCAUCACAGCUGGGUGGAGCUGUCUUCUCAGGAGCUGGCAAUAUUGCAGCUGCCACAGGACUGGUCAAGAAAGAAGAAUUUCCCACUGAUGUGAAGCCUGAAGAGGUUGGUCAGGAAGCAGUGGAGGAGCCACUGAUAGAGCCACUGUUAGAACCCGAAAGUGAGAAUUAUGAAGAGCCACCGCAGGAGGAAUAUCAGGAAUAUGAGCCGGAAGCAUAAUGGCCACAGCUAUUCCCGACACUUCCACCAGCAGCACAAUAACAAUAAUUUCUUCUUCCCUAUCCACAUCCAUCUCUCCAAAGGAAGGUCUUGAUGCAGAUGGUAAUGGAGAGAACCCCCCAUGCCCCAUCCUGUCAUGAGUUCUUCCUCCAAUUCUGCUCCAAGAGACCUCAUCAGGAUCAGUGUUUUAUGUAUUGUGGUCUUUAGCGUUAAAGAGAAAGAAUACUGAAGACAAACCCUGACCGCAGUGGUUUGUGUACAUGUGUACAUUUCAAAGCCCAGCCUUACUGCCUGUCUCCCUCCCAGUGCAGUAAGGCCAGACUUCAUGUGUCUGUUAAGCAGCAUGUUGUAUCUUCUCUGUUUUUAAACAGAGCAUUCCAUGUCCUUGACUGGGACCUUGCACUGGGCCCACUGUACAUUUGCUUGCACGUGAAUCAUGCCAACUCUGUUCCAUUAUCAUUGGAACUUUUUUAAAAAACAAUAUCUCUGUCCUGGUCAUGUAAAAGAGACUUCCUGAUUUUAACGGUGCAGAAGUUGUGUCUAUGUAUCCUAAACAAAAGGAGCAUCUUUCCUUUCCUGCCCCCCAGCGCUCUGUAUAUUUUGACUGUGGCAUGGAUAUAUACCUCCCACUGUCGCUGUGUGUGCAAUCCUGGGUUGCUGCCAGUGAUGCAGCUACCCAUCUCCAUGAAUAAAGCCAAUUCUUGACUGUAGCUGUUUUUCUGCUUCCAAGUGGUUCAUAGGUGAAGAGGGGGAGCAGUUAUCCUGUGCUUUUCUGGGAACAAGGUAGUUUUCAAUGGGCCAAGUGUCCACAUGGCUGAGCUUUGAGAACAGCGUAACUGUAAUGUCUAAGGGAAGUGGCUGAUGUUGCUUCUUACAACCUAAUACAACUUCAGUGAUUUUUCCAAAUUAAAGUAUAAGCAAUCAGUAACUAAAAUGGAACAUCCAUUGGAAGUGCUGAACAAGCCCCUUCAGCAGGUAUAUUUUUUUCAUCCUAGAUGAAUAAGCUAGAGGUCUUAAAAUUGAAUUACCAAUAUUAUAUCCAUCUCUAUUGUGCAGUCAUACUUGAACCAGAACUGUAUACUGUACGUGAUUUAAAAAAAAUAAACUGUAAAGGUAAAAAACAUAGAGAAAAUAGUCAAAGAACAGAAAUAACUUUUCUGAAAAAUUAUAGCAUUUAGGGCUUAGAACCUGACAGAAAGAAAGGGAGGAAUAUAAUUGUGCAUGGUACAGAGAAAGUGAAAAAAUUUGUUUUUCUCUUUUUAAACUAGAAUCUAGGUACUUCCAUUGAAGCUGAUUUGCAGGAAAUUGGAGAUAGAUACAACACAAUUUGUAAAAUAUGCUGUCACAAGGCAUAGUGAGAGUAGUUUAGACUACUUUUUAACACAAAUUCAUUGGAAAUGUAUCAUUAGAUAUCAUUAAGCCAUAAAGCAGCUUCAGUCCCAUAAGCUAUCACUAGGGAACCAUUAUCAGAGAAGGAAACUAUUUGCAUUAUUGUAUUUAUUGGCUUCUCAGAGGCAUCUGAUUGGUGAUUGCUAGAGACAGAAUGCUGUACUAGAUAAGCCAUAGAUCUGAUCCAAGAGAGCUAUUGUAGUCUUUAGAUAUACAUGUCAAAACACACACACACACACACAGAGAGAGAGAGAGAGACAGACAGACAGACAGACAAAUACCCCUGUUCAGCCUUAAAAUAUUAGGGCAACACUGUCUUCUGAGAUAAUAAUUAUUGGAAAUUAAUAUAGUUCAGUUAAUACCAAGCCUGCUUUUAAGUAGUUGAUCUAGUAUCUGAUUCCAAAACAGUUGCACUGCCAUUAAUUAAGAAUAAUGCUAUUCAUGUGAUUGAUGAAGACAGUAUGUAAUAAUUCUUGAUUAAAAGGGUAUUUUGCUUACUUUUAGUGGGAAAAUCACGCUUCAGAAAAACUGCCACAGGGCAGAAAAAUGUGUGCCUUCCACUUUGAAAUGAGAGAAAAGUUAAAGUCUUUUUAACCACAAAAUCUACUUUUGUGGCUUGAAAUCCCUACCAAUUAACCCACCCAAUAUCUGAAUAGUUGCUAAAAGAUAAGAACAAUAUUGUAGCUACUAAUUUCCAUGUUAUUUUGUUAACUUAUAGAUGGCUUAAUAAUUUGUGGAGUUUCUUAUUACAACUUUUAUUUUACAUUGUCUCCCUUUCCUGUGAUAAAGCUUUCUCGAUAAACAUUUCAGUCUCUUCCAAUUUGUCUAGUUGUCUGAGAUAUAUACAUAUCAAGAUUACAGACCUAUAUGUUAUCCCUGAAACUCUUAGAAUGGUGGUUCUAUGUUUGAUAUUUUAAGAUACAUUACUUUGUUUAGCUAUUCUGAAUUGCCCUUUUGAAUCCUGUAUGUUCUUUUGCAUUUUUAACACAUGCCCACAAUUGUCAAGAAAAACAUUUAUUAUUAAUUGCUUAAUUGAUGACUUCACAUACAAAAUGACAGCAUGCUAUGCAAUUUGUCUUGCAGAACUUUAGCCCCUACUAUAAGUCACAUCUAAGGCCAGCAAUUAAACUACUAAACAAAAUAGCCACAAGGCUGAUUACUAAAUGAUUUCCUAGAUUAUCAACUUGAACUUUGAUUUUUUUAGCAACAAGAAAAAAUAAUUUAUUUUAUUCAUUCAGAAUGUGACCUAUUAGAACCUAUUUCCUUGCAAUUUGUUAAAGCCCAAAACACACAGCAAAGAAAACAAAAGAACUGGAAAAAUAUGUUCUGUCAAUAAAAGUAUUGAUAUAAUUGAUGAGAUGGGAAAUUUGUGGCAGCAAAAUGGCCCAUGUAAAAAAGUUCUAAUUUGAAAAUGCAGGUAGGAGACUGAAUAAACUGCGAGCGUGAUGCCUCAGUGAUAAACCUGGUAUUAGUUUACAAUAAUUCCUAAGGUUGCAAAACCAACAGUAUUAAUUAAAUAAUUAGUGUUGUAAAAGUUACCGCUCAGCGAAUUGGAACUUAAUAUUAAUCUUACAGAGGAAUUGCUAGAGAAGUAAAAUGUUUUUUUUUUGUUUCCUUAUCCCCAAUCUUUGCAUGUCUUUAAUCAUUAAAAGGAAAAAGGGUUUUAGAGCUGCAUCAAUAGAAAAGAGGCAAUGGAUGACUAUAUACAUGCACAUUAAAUUAAGAAGCCUUAGAUCCUACUCUGAAUUGCAGAUAUUUCCAACCAUCACAUGAGUGUAUGUAAGUAAAAUUGUCAUGACUACUCUACAAAACUAUCAAAUGAAACUUAGAUUUCUCAAAGCCUGAACUGGCAUCAAGCUCCACUUUGAGUGAAGUGGAAAUAAAAAACCUUGGUCUUCAUCUGUGGAAAAGGCUCAGUUGUUCCCAUGCAGAAUAUAUACUUUUAUGAAAAAUGGUAGUGAAUGAUAGAAAAUUGGUCUGGAGGAGAAGGGAAGGACAUUAUUCACCAAAGAUUAUCAAUAUCACCCAUGAUGAUAAAGACUGACACGUGAAAAAACGUGAAGCAGUUCCCAAAUGCUAAUCCUUAUUUAGCAACCACAAUUGAGGCCAGUACUGGGUUGUUAAGCAAAGCAGUUGCUAAGUGAAACUGUAACUGUACUUAUGACCAUUCUUCAGCUUUUCUUUGGUUUACAGACCUGCAAAGAUCAUAAAUGUAAGGACUGAUCAUAAAGUUUACUGGAUUGUUGCAAUGCACUCUACGUGGGGCUGCCUUUGAAGAGCAUCCAGGAGCUUCAGCUGGUGCAGAACGCAGUUGUCCAGUUAUGUGUGCCUCUAGAAUGGCACAUUACAUCUCUGUUCUGCAAACUGUGUUGGUUACUGGUUUGCUUCUAGAUGCACUUCAAGGUGCUGAUUUUGACCUUUAAAGCUCAUGGCAUAGGACCAAAUUAUCUGUGGGACUGUCUCUUCCUGGUUACAUCUAUAUGCCCCAUCGAGUGCAAUAGAGUGGUAUGCUCCCAGUCCUGUCUGUGAAGGAGGUUCCAUCUGACAGAACCCAGAUGUGCCUUUUCUAUUAUAGUUCCUGCCCUCUGGAACACCAUUCCCCCCUGAGAUGAGAUUAGUCCAUCCAUUAGCCCAUCUGGAAAGCCUUGACAACAUGGUUUUUCCAUUAACCUAAGAAUCACAUGGUGAGCCUG